AUGCCAGCAGCUGUGCACCUUCAUGAACUUCCUCCCGAGCUGCUUCGUCUGAUUCUAACCUCUUUCGACUCUCUUCCCGACCUGUAUUCACUCAUCAAGGCAUCGCCUGAAUGUUUCCGCAUCUAUCGGAUUACUCCCGAGCUCAUUCUCUCCUCUGUUCUCAAGCGCGCGAUACAUCCCGAUGCUCUCCACCAUGCGCUCGCUGUAACCCAUGUCGACCCGGAAGAGUUUAUGAACCCAGAGGGAGACGAGAGACUAUGGGAGUUUCUCGACCGUUAUUUCCAACGGGACCCUACGCUUCUUGAAUUCCCAAAAAGGAUGGAUGACAUUGUAUCACUAGCGAAGCUGAAAAACAUGGUGUCGAGACUUGCCAAUGACUAUACCUGCCGUACAUUGCAUGCGUUAUAUGAGAGUGAGAAAACACAGCAAGAUCCCCAUCACCGCGAAGCUCCAUUCUCGUGUCAUACUGCUUGCCAAAAAGGGUUAUCUGCUACAGAGCAAGCAAGAUUACAGAGAGCCUUCUACCGCUAUGAACUUUACUCGCGCUGUUUUCCAGUCAGUCAUAGAAUACCCGACGAGUCCAUCUUUGCAGCAGAUGAUCAGUUCAACCAUUUCAUUCAACAGAUGGCACCUUGGGAGGUGGAAGAGCUAAGCUGCCUCCAUGAAUAUUUCUGGGUUCGAGUAUCGAGAGUUUUCAGUGAAGUAGAGGAAGAAGUUGUGGUAAAAGUUCUCGAUGCUCAAACUGCAACAGCAGCGUCAAUCAGAGCAGCUCAGCUGAGGCAAGCAGAGUUCCGCCGUCUACUAAAAACGAAUUCUAUCGAGGUCGAUGAUGGCGUGUGCCCAUUCAGACCCUCGGACAUACGAGGGCUUGAACUAUUUGGCGAGGAUGAUAGAAGCGCAUUACCAGAUAUCCUAAGGUAUCUAAUCUCCCUCGGAUUGCCCUUUUUACGAUCUUUACUCUUUUCACAAGGUCAGCGGAGAAGAGAUCUUAUCCGCCGCAACUACUUUGGAGAACGCGAGUUUCUCCCCCACGCUAUAUACGAAGAUCCGAACCCGCCUCAGACUCCCAACCAUCCUGAAAAUAUAUCAGACAAUGACAUCUCCCAUGUAAACUUGGGUUAUCUUCUAUUUAGGCCUUCAAGCAUUGAAGCUGUCCUCUCAGCCAUGGGCAUUGCUAGAUACUGGCCUCUCCGACGGUUAGGAUACGUCUUUUGGGAUAUUGAACGAGUUCGCGACCCAGAGGUUAACGAGAAACUACGCAAUGCAAGAGACUGUGACCCUACUGUGGCCAAGAAAGCGUUUCAUGAGUUUAUACAGGAAAGCGCAGAGACGCGCUUGAAAGGCAUGAAACUGCCUAGGACUUUGAUGCAGGAGAUUCAAAACGAUUACACUGUCAUUUUUGCUGAUCCUAUAUUCGAAACCGAUUUUUACUCGUACUCGGAAAUAACGGACUCUGAGGAAGACUUUGAGGAAGACGAUGAAUAG